AUGCUGUCUGAGGGAGAGGUGGAGCGUGUGUGCUUCAGAACAGCCGAAAUCUUGGCGCCUGACACAGCGCUGCCGCCAGCAGUGAUACAAGCGGCGGUCAGGCAAGCAUUGGAGGAGGUCCUAGUGACCCAGGCAGCUUCCCAGGCAGCUGCCGCGCAGCAGGAGGGAGCUGGCGGGCAGCCGUCGCCACGUCAGCAGCCGGGUGGCGUGACUAACCCCUCGCCAUACCCGGCCACGCCAGAUCUGGCGCAGCCGCAGAAUGGGCACCGCAACCUGGAGCUCGUCUUCGUGCACGACUGCAGGAACCACGGGUGCAAUCUGGCAUCCUGCGUGCUCUGCAAGCACAACCCGGCCAAACGCUGCACGGGCAACUUCGCGCACAAGUACUGGGUCGGAGACAAGCUUCUCGCCAAAUGCGAGGGCAGCAUUCUGGUCGAAGUCAUCGACGCGGACACCGGGGAGCGGAUGUCCGACGAGGUUCAGGGCAUGCGCAUCGAGGGCUUGAGGGAAUUUAGUAAGGGCAGCAUUCUGAUUGAAGUCAUCAUUUCAGACACUGGGGAAAGGAUGUCUGACGAGGUGCAGGGCAUCCGCAUCGAGGUGUGCAUAUUGGACGGCAACAAGUACACGUCGCGCUGUAGAGAGGCCGGAGAGCAGCGGCUGGAGAUCCUCGACGAGUGCGAGGUGAUGCGCAACCAGCGCAACGAGCCGCUGCUGGUGGCAGGGAACGCCAACAAUGAUGCGGAGAACCCGCAGGUCGUCCUCAAGUUCCCCCACGGCGUUCCCUCCGUGUCCCUCAGGGACAUGAAGGUGACAGAGAGCAGCGAGUCGGUGCUCGCCGGCACAAAGCGGCCGCCGUUCCGCCUGGUCUGCCGAGCGCUGUCGGCCUCGGGAGUGCGCUUGCCGAUCCGGCCGGUCGUCUCCGAGGAGUUCGUGGUGGUGACUAAGCGAACGAAGAACCUGAAGAAGCAGGAGAUCCCGUCGCUGGACGACCCCAUCUCAAAGCUGAACCACAUCGGCAAGGAGACGGUUAAGAAACUCAACGAGCUCAAGACCAGCGCCGACGAGGCCCAGCUUCAGCUGCCCAUCCCGCCGGAGCUGUACCGGAUUACAAAGGUUCGGGAGUUCCAGGCGCUGGCGCGUUUGAGCGAGGCUGAUGGGCACUUGCAGCAGCGCAUCAAGCAGCUCCUCAAACUGUCCAAGGAGAAGUGGGACGCCGCAUGCGACCACGCCAAGACCGCCGUGCAGGUGGAUAACCGCAUGCGCGCAUGGUACCAGAAGAAUAUGGCUGUCGGGCUGCUCUACUCCUGCUCGCUCGGGGAGGUGCGGCCUGACUGCCCGGUGGCGCUGAUUCAAAACCGGGCUGAGGGCGACGGCGACUCGAUGAAAGUGAACGAGGUUGCAGAGGCCGCCACACGCUGCUGGUGGGACGAGCAGCACCCGGGGUGGAUGAUAUUCACCCUCGGCAACCGCCACUUUGAGACCCUGGAGCAGAUCGUGCAGUUUUCGCAGGGCGCUGAGGUGGAUGCUGGCAACGGCAUGGGCCCGGACGCCACGCUGGACGCUGCCAUGUCGGAUCUGGGCAGGAUGCAUCACCACGAUGAGGCUGAGAAUGGGGCAGUCUCCCUGCAGGGCGAGUGGAAUCGGCAUGAUGGCGCGCCGAAACAGAAGCACGACCCUGAAGCUGGCGGCCACGCGGUUGACCCCUACAAUCCCAUGAGCCUCUUCCGGCAGUACAUGCGCUACCGGCCGGCCACCACCUCAGCGGGGCAAGGGCAGGCGGGCAGGGGCGGGCUGCCCGAAGAGCCUGAGCGGGCAGGGCAUGGGCAGGCCACGGGCGACCAGGAACGAAACCCUUUCCAAUUCCUGACGCAACGCCCCUUUGGCGAUGGUGGGCGCCCGCUGCCGCACGCGGACGCUGCGUCGAUAAUGGCAGCUUUGAAUUGGCAGGCCCUAAACUCAUCCGCCAUGGACAACUCCAGCGGCCUGCCGCUGCAGGCCGGUGCGAUGAUGUCAGGAGGGAGCCUCAUGUGCAACGGCAGCCUCAGCAGUCUCAACCUGAGCGGGCUGCCCUCCCUGCCCAGCACCACAUCUGUGGGCAGGAUGGGACCCCCCGGACUUGACAACCCCCCAGCAUCCGGGCGCCCCCACGAUGCAGGGGGCAGCGAUGACGAGGAACACUUGCGGAAACGCCCCAGGAUGGACGACGCAGAGUAUGACCGGCCGUCCAGUCCUUCCACGCUGUGA